AUGGAGCGACGAUGCGACCAGGACUCGCGGUUCGGUGAGCUCUACCGAGCCUUCAUGCAGGAGUAUGAAGACCUGCAACACAUGACGGAGGUGAGUACCACCGAAGACAACACCACCGGGAAGUGCUACUUACCACACCACGGAGUGUUCAAGGAGGCCAGCUCCACCACCAAGCUUAGAGUGGUGUUCAACGGGUCGCAACGCACGAAGUCCGGUGAAUCGUUGAACGCGCACUUACACGUUGGAGCUAAUUUCUUGCCCGCGCUCGCCGACGUGAUCUCGCGUUGGCGCCGGUACCGCGUAGCACUCGUGUCGGACAUCAAACAGAUGUAUCGCCAAAUCCUCGUGCACCCUGAAGACCGCGGAUUCCAGCGAAUCUUGUGGAGACAAAAGGUGACCGAGAUACUGCGCGAACUGCUCCUGAAUACGGUGACGUACGGCCUCGCGUGUUCACCGUUUCUCGCGAUCCGGUCACUUAUUCAGUUGGCUAACGACGAAAAGGCGCGAUAUCCGCAGGGCGCCGUCGCACUGCUCGAGGACCGUUACGUCGACGACGUCCAGACGGGGACGGACACAAUACCCGGCGCGAUCGCGUUGCAAACGGAACUUCGCGAACUUUGCAUGGCGGGCGGGUUUCCGCUUCGGAAGUGGUCGUCCAAUUGCGAGGAAGCUUUAGAAGGCAUUCCCCGGGAACACCGUCUGUUCCAAGAACCGCACUCUUGGCAGAACAAAAGUCAGACCACGUUAGGCCUCCUUUGGUACCCGAGCGAGGACAGCUUCGCGUUCGCGAUACACCCGCGCACGAUAACUCAGUACACGAAACGACACGUCCUCGCGGAAACCGCACGUCUCUUCGACCCACUGGGAUGGCUCGCUCCGGUCAUAAUCCGCGCCAAGAUAUUAAUUCAGUCUGCAUGGCUGCAGCAGCUGGAUUGGGAUACUCCGCUCCCUUCCGCCGACGCUCACCGCUGGGAGCUCCUCUUCAAGGAACUCCCUUUGCUCGAAGGCCUCCGCGUGAAUCGCUGGCUCGGCACUAGCACCGAGAACCAGCACUUGGAAAUACACGGCUUCGCCGACGCAUCCGAACGAGGAUAUGCCGCAGUCGUGUACCUCCGCGUCUCCUCAGACAACUUCCAGGCUGUACACAUCCUGGCCGCCAAGAGCAAAGUGGCACCGGUGAAGCAA